AUGGCGUCGAUUCUUACAAUCACUGCGGGGGUUGCUGCAGCGGCGUUUCUAGGCCGCGCAGGUCUCGUAGCGUUCAGAAAAUCACGAGGAGAAGCCGUCGGCGCACUUGGAAAAGCUUUUUAUAAAGGUGGAUUCGAGCCUAAGAUGAAUCGCAGAGAAGCUGCACUCAUUUUACAACUCAGCGAACGACAACUUACCAAAGAGCGCAUACGAAAGAAUCACCGCACCCUCAUGAUGUUGAACCAUCCGGAUCGAGGCGGUUCACCAUAUCUAGCCACCAAAGUGAACGAAGCAAAGGAGUUUUUGGAGAAGAACGGGUGA